UUUAGUGCAGUUGCAUGCUGCUUUCCAUUCCAGUGACAAGGACGAAACCUGUUGUCAGCUACCUACCCUCCUGCCUGCCCAGUUCUCAGCAUGUGCCGGGGUUUAGCUGCACUUUCCACCUGCUUGGAAAGAGCCAAACAACUCAAGACUCGUUUAGGGAUCCUGCUUCAUAAACCGGAGUUGGGACAUGAGGCUGAGAGCUUCAGCACAUCUGAGCAGGGCACCAAACUGAGAAACUCCUCAGAGGAAGCACUAGAAUGGAAGAAGUCCUUUGAUCACUUGCUGAAGAGUAAAAAUGGGGUGGCUACAUUCCAUGCCUUCCUGAAGACAGAGUUCAGUGAGGAGAACUUAGAGUUUUGGUUGGCUUGUGAGGAGUUCAAAAAGUCCCGGUCAAAAACUAAACUGUCAUCCAAGGCCCACAGGAUCUUUAAGGAGUUUGUUCAAAAUGAAGCACCUAAAGAGGUGAAUAUUGACCAUGAAACCAGAGAAAUAACCCAGAAGAACCUGACAGCUGCCACUUCUUCUUGUUUCGAUGCUGCACAGGCAAAAACCCGCACUUUGAUGGAGAAGGAUUCCUAUCCCAGGUUCCUGAAAUCUACCUCUUACCAGGACUUAACAGAGCAAGCCACCAGCCAUAGCACCAGCAAGCGGUUGCAUACCUGAUCCAAGUCACCUGUACUGCCAGAAACUGGGGGGUGAGGGGAAGAGCCACAUAGUGAAGCAAAGGUAGAGGCAGGAGCCUGAGAAACAGUGACUGAGGCGGAAAGAGCUCUGAGCAGUGGGGUUUUGGCUAAAGUCCUGGGAUUCUAUCCUUAUCAGGAUCCCCAGGACCUCCAAUGCUUCCAUGUACCUCUGAGCUGUAGUGAAGAGCACCUGUCCUGCACCAUGGGGAUGGGAGAUGGUGAAAUGAGAACUGUUGGGAGAGAGAGAUGGGUGGACAGUUGCUUACAUGCAAGCAAGCACUCCAGUGACGGACAGUAGGGGAAAAGUAUGCAAGAAGAGACUUGCACUAAAAGCAGAGAGAGAGAGGGGAGCUGGAUGAGAGGCUCCAUCGAGUGGCAGUUUCCAUUGAAAACAGGGCAGAUUUAAUUCCCCCCCAAACUGUCCACCAUCUGAUGCUGAACUUUAUGCAUGUCUGUCUGCACGAGAGAAAGCCUCAGUCUGCUCUCAAGACCCUGCCUCUGUACCGACAAAAAUUACAAACUAUACAUAGAGCUCAGAAGUUUGCAGUUUCUGUAGUGCUGUGGCCGAUGAACCCACACUAGUCUGCAUGUUCUUGCACCAGCUGGAAUUUCCAGCAUCUCAAAUCAUAAAGAUGCAAGGACAACUUUGGGUUUUCAGCCACAGGAAUCCUGCAUCUGCUUUGUUUUGAUUGAGAGAGAUUUCAGGUUCUAUUCUGCCCUCUUCCAUGCAUGCUCUGGGAGAUCCUUUACACCUCCUUCCAAUAAGACAUCAGCAUAGUAUGGACAUUUCCCCACCCCUCCCAUAAACUACACGAGCUCAUGUUUUGGUCCUGUAGAUUGUUGUGUGCAAUCUUGGAUUGCAUGCCCCACUUUUUAUUAUUGUUAUUGAUAAAAUUUCAUAGAUGAGCACAGAACUUUACAGAGUACAUACUUUGGGUACGCCCUUGCCCUGAGGAGCUUACAACUGAAAUUGGAUUUACUGUAGAUACCACAGUCCUUAGAUACCAUGGUGACAGGCACUACAUAAAAACCCAAGAGAGGUAGGUAGAGAGAACGCCAGUACAGUCAAAGGAUGAGGCACAAGUGUGGCAACAGCUGGAGUCCUAAUUGGUCAGGGCUGGCAUUGUUUUUUUAGAAGACAUGGGAAAGGGGAGAUUGAGGAGGGUUGAUAGAUUUAUUGUCUGUGUGGAAUUGGAGAAUGGUGUUUAAAAAGGCCCAAAGAGCCAGACUUUUAAAGGUAUUUAGGCUACUAACUCCCAAUUUUUUUUUAUCAUUUGUGUUUUCACCUGCAAAAUGUGCCCUUCUGUGACUGAUUGUGCAGGGGCUCCUCUUUUUACAUGCCUUCUUCAAAUACAGAAGUUUGCUAAGACCAUGCCUCCUCCCCUGUGCUUCUGCCUCAGCUGCCAUGAAAGGAACCCUGCAAAAUAUAGAUUAGGAGAUAGACCCCUUCUCCCCCCAGUAGGUUAAUGGAAUUUGUGUUUCUCAUGCAUGUUCCUCCAGAGAAAGGAAAAUAGGUCCUUGAAGGAAAUGUGGGAGAGGAAAUACGGAGAUUUCCCUUGGUUUUAAAUCUGGGCUUAAGUCCCCUACCUGGUGAAAUCAAUAGGCAGAAUACUGAGCAGGUUACUUGCAUUUAGUGAUCCACACAAAAUAGAGUUCUGUGAGCGUAAAGCUCUGAGACCAUGAAAGAACGAGGAGUACUUGUGGCACCUUAGAGACUAACACAUUUAUUUGAGCAUAAGCUUUUUUUCCCCACUGCAUGCAUCUGAUGAAGUGGGCUUUAGCCCACGAAAACUUAUGCUCAAAUAAAUGUUAGUCUCUAAGGUGUCACAAGUACUCCUCAUUCUUUCUGCUGAUACAGAGUAACACGGAUACCACUCUGAAACCUGAGACAGUGAAAGAACACAUUUAACCAGAAGCUGCUGUCCAAUGCUUUUCUGAGAGGCUUGUAGCACAUUUCAUUUGCUGAGACUUUUGGCACAAAACUUGAUUUUCAGAACCACCCUGAUUAGGUAUUUACAGAUCCGUUAGUUAGAUUAGAUAAUUAUUCAGACACUGAGGGUGCAGGUACACUGGUGCUAGUAACAGUAUAAAUACUAGUGUAGCUCGGGCUCAGGUGUUUUCAGCACUGUCUCAUUGAAAACCUGCCUUGAGCAAACUUUCCUGGUAAGACAGAAGCAUAGUGCAAUCUUACCUGCAGCAAUUUAUUCACAAAAGCCAAAUCCUGAGAUCCUUACUCAGUUGACACUCAUUCUUUGCCCAAACAACCUCCUUGUCACUUCCAUGAGCAUUUGCCUGAGUAAGUACAGAGAAUUUGCCUUGGAUCACUAGUGGUGUCCUCCUAUUGCAAUUUGUCUGGCCAGUGGCUUCAAGAAUCUCAAGAACUAGUGGCUGGACUCCCUUCUGCAUCCUCCUCUCCUCUUCCUUCCAAUUCUACCUCUGAGUCUUCAUGGGUUCCAGCUGGGUUCUCAAGAGAUUCUAGCUGCUUUAAUAUUUAUUAUUUAUUUUCACAACUGGAACUAGCUUCAUAAUGCUAUUGAGAUACAUUGUUCUGAUUGCAUGGUUAACACAAUAUCAUUAUUAUUUAUUAUUAUUAUUAUUAGGAAAUAAAACAAAAUAUUGAGACA